UAUCACGUGAUACAAGAUGGUGGAAUAUCACGGAUCUCAUGGAUAAUACAUUAAAAUUUGACGUUUAUGUCAUUUUUUCAGUAUUUUUAUUCAUCGCUUGAUUUAAAUUCUUUGCUUACAAGAUGUUACUUUUAAUUUGAACAUCAGGCAUUUACACCGGUAUGAUUUAAUUAAAUAUUAUCACUAUGAAUGAAGAAACAAGCGUUGAAGAUUCUUCGUAUUUAAGUUAUGAGAUAAAUGGUACUAGAUAUAUUUUGCAAACAGUAUCAGAUCCAGCUGUUGAUAUAGUGAAAACCGCAUCAACUGAUCAAGAACAAACCGCCGCGAUUAACAUUAUAGAUGAUACACAGAUAGAAAAAGAAGAAGAGGAAGAAGAAGAAGAAGAAGAGGAAGAAUCAAUUUCUUUAGUUUGCUUAGAUGGUCAAGUCUAUGCAUUUCAAAACGGUGAAUUACAAGAAUUAGACUUCAGUCAGGUUACAGAACAAAAUGAACUGCAAGAAAAGGCAGUUUUAUUGUCUAAAGAUAAUGACAAUUGUGAAACGCAGUAUAUCACUAACGAAGAUUUAAUAAUUGGUAACAUCGAUGAACAUUCUCAAGAACGAUAUGAAGUUAUUACAGGAGAAAAUGAAAAGAAUUUUGUCGUAGAAAAGUCCAAUGUAAAUGCCAAUGAUUUUGUUGAAGUUGUGACGGCGUUCAAAUGUAAAAUAUGUACUUAUACCACUCAGGACAAAACACAGCUACUGCAGCAUUUUCAAAAAACGCAUGUCAACCCGAAAGUAGAUGUAGAAGUAAAGGAAGAAUCCAAGAAUACGGAUGAAGUAAAAUUGUUAUACAUGUGCGGAGAAUGUUCCAAUUGCUUCCCUUCUAUAGAAGACUGCAAAGCACAUAUGAUAAAUGAUCAUCAGUUGACGGAUACAGGAGGUAAUAAAGGUGGCAAAGAAAAUAUAACGGAUGAUUCGAAAGAUGCUGGCUUAUUGAAUGAAAGCAUAAGAGAGAGCGUUGAGAACAAUGAUAUAAAACGUCAAGUUAAGAUCCAGAAACCUUUAAAUUCUGAAUAUAUGCUCAAUAAAAAGAUGAUCGAAUUGAUGGAAAGGAAUGUCAAGUGUUCGUACCGAGGAUGCCCUUACAAAUUCUCCACAGAGGAAACGAUGCAACAGCAUGCAGUCUGUCAUACAGAAUCACAAAAUGGGACAGCAUUUAAAUGUACCGUUUGUCGUGAUACGAAAUUUACCAAAUGGAGACAAUGUAGUUUGCAUCUUUGGAAGAAGCAUCAGAUCGACAUAGGUCUGUUCACUUGCAAAAUAUGCAAAGCGUACAAAAGUGCAACGAUGGUGAAACUUCUGACCCACAUGCGAGUACACAGUGAAACACGGGAAUACGAAUGUUCGGAAUGUGGUAAAUGCUUUAAACAAGCCAGUCAAUUGCGUAAUCACAGAGUCAUGCAUUUAGAUCGUAAGACACUGGAAGUAACGCGUUGGUAUACUUCCAAAAAAUGUGAUAUGUGCGGAAAAACUUACGCCAAUUCGAAGUGUUUAAAAAGUCAUAUUCAAGCGGUUCAUUCGAAACUGCGACCGUACGUUUGUAAUGUUUGUGGGCAUUCUAGUGCUCGAAAAGCUAUGCUGCAAAUGCAUUUACGUCAACAUACCGGCGAUAAACCAUUCAGUUGUGAACUUUGCGAAUACAAAACCGGAGAUCACAACACGUUGCGCCGUCAUAUCAUGCAACAUACAGGAUUCAGACCUUAUAAAUGCCCGCAUUGCUCGUACACUGCAAUACAAAGUAGUAGCUAUAAAAAUCAUUUAAAGUCCAGGCAUCCUUUGUUAUCUGGUUUAUUUACAUGCGAUCUGUGUCCAUUUAAGACUGUUAAAAAUGAAAGUUACAUACAGCAUAUAAGAGAUCAUGAAAAAGGAUUGAUUAAAGCAAAUGUGCAGAAGAAAGAUGGCGAGAACGUCGAAGUUUUUCCUGGUAAUAUCGCAGCGGCACAAUUGAUCUACAGUUGUUUAGGAGCUUUUUCAAAAGUAGGGGAUACUUUAGAAGCAAACCUAAUGUCUUCCUCAACGUCUGCAGAUGGUACGUCGCAAACAAUCACAAUACAAAUACCAUCGAAACACCUUGAGGGUUCACUGCCAACGAGAGAAAGCGAAUCUAAGAAUGAUUCAUCAACGAUCGAGCAAGAAGACGAGGAAACGAUGCAUUGUUUUUUAAAGAUUCCAAGAGAAGAAGAAGAGAGUAUAGAUACCGGUGGUAUAACUAUACCCGCGGAACCCGAGGAAUCGGGUGUAACAACAAUUAAUGUUGAUACGUGAAAAAAAAAAAUAUAAACAGUUAGGUUACUCGGAAAGAUAUUUCUGUAUAAUUAGAAAUACCAGAAGUCAACAUUUCAAAAGUAAAUGAAAAGAUACUAGUCACGCGUUACUUAGAUCGUACGAAUCAAUUUGUUCUUUUUUAACAAAAAGUUAGGAUUAACGUUCUAAUUGAAAGAAAGAAAGGAACAGAAAUUGUGAUAAUAUUUUUGGGACUGUUUAUCACGUUUACGACGAAAAGUUUGAUACGCCAGAUGUUCUGUUUAAAACGGUCGAACAGUUUUUGUAUAUUGUUUAGAACAGAAAAGAGAAGAAAACGAGAAAAUGUUAAGAGGAAAUAAAAGAUUUUUAAUUAUUUCA